UACAAGAAUAGUUUGAUCUAUCAGAUCUAUCCUAGAAGCUUUAAAGAUAGCAAUGGCGACGGUAUUGGUGAUUUGAAUGGUAUUACCAGCAAAUUGGAGCAUAUCGCUGAGAUUGGCGCGGAUGCUCUUUGGUUAUCGCCGAUUUAUACCAGCCCUCAAGCUGACUUCGGUUACGAUAUUGCCAAUUUCACAGAUGUCAAUCCAGAAUACGGUACUCUGGAUGACUUUGACAAACUUGUGGCAAAAGCAAAGUCACUCGGUCUUAAGGUAAUUCUUGAUUAUGUGCCAAAUCACAGCUCACACGAGCACGAGUGGUUUAAGAAGAGCGUACAAAGAAUCAAACCCUACGAUGAUUAUUAUAUUUGGAGGAAUGCAACAUACGUUAAUGGUACGAGGCAACCACCCAACAAUUGGCUCUCCGUUUUUGGAGGUUCAGCAUGGGAAUGGAAUGAGCAACGUAAACAGUAUUACUUCCAUCAAUUCGUUGCUGGUCAGCCAGAUUUGAACUACCGUAACAAGGAUUUGGAUCAAGAGAUGAAGGAUGUUUACUCUUUCUGGAUGGAUCGUGGAGUCGAGGGAUUCCGUAUCGAUGCGAUUAACCAUAUGUUCGAGGAUCCGAGAUUCCUGGAUGAACCAUCAGCUAAUCGUCCUGACCUGCCACCGGAUGACUACGAUACUCUCGAUCAUAUCUACACCAAAAAUCUUAACGAGACCUAUGACGUACUUGCAAGCUGGAGAAAGUUACUCGAUCAACACUCUAAUAAAACCAAAGGCGAUUAUAAGAUGUUCCUUACCGAAGCUUACACAGACUUUGAUCUUACAGUGAGAUACUACAAAUCUGGUUCUACUGUACCAUUUAACUUCAUGUUUAUAUCAGAUCUUAAUAAUGCAUCUUCAGCCCCUGAUUUCAAGCGUUUUAUCGAUCGUUGGAUGAAUAAUAUUCCUUCAAAAGACUACGUUGCCAACUGGGUGGUCGGCAAUCAUGACAAUCACCGAGCUCCGAGUAGAUUCGGAAAGGAACGAGCCGAUGAGUUGAAUAUCCUGUCCAUGAUUCUACCUGGUGUAUCUGUCGUUUAUAACGGCGACGAAAUUGGUAUGCUGGAUAGAGAUUUCACUUAUGAAGAAACAGUCGAUCCAGCUGGUUGUCAAGCAGGUCCAGAUAGAUACUAUCUUAAAUCGAGAGAUCCAGAAAGGACACCGUUCCAAUGGGACAACAGUACGAGUGCUGGUUUUUCUACGAGUAACAAAACAUGGUUACCGGUUCAUAGCAACUACAAGACCUUGAACUUGGCACUACAAAAAAAUAGUCCUAUCUCCCAUUAUAAGGUAUUCAAGGCUCUGGCUGCUUUGAAGAAAAAGCCUAUUAUCGCGCAUGGAUCCCUCGAAGUUAUCCUUGUUACCGAG